AUGGAAUACUACUUCUCCUCCCUUCCUCCUCCCUUCCUCCUCAGCCGGAGAUGGCUUCUCCUCUCCCUCGCCGCCCUCCUCAGCUACCUCUUGCUCUGCUUCACCCUCCACCGCAUCUUUCCGGCCCCGAACGCUAUAGCCAUCGCUUCUUUGUCCUUUCCUCGCCCCCAGGGAGAACUCGACUCGACGCCGUUACCGCCGGCCCCUCAAGUUAGUCAUUUGGCACCGACGGCCAACUUUCCUGGCAACGGCUCCGGCAAGGAGAGCGCGGAGGAGAAAUGCAACUUGUUCGAGGGGAGGUGGGUCCAUGACCCGAGAUGGUACCCGCUCUACCGCUCCCAAAGGUGUCCUUUCCUCAGCGACCAAGUGAGCUGCCAGAGAAGCGGCCGGCCGGACUCCGACUACGAGCGGUGGCGGUGGCAGCCCAACGGCUGUGACUUGCCGAGGUUUAAUGGGUCAGAGACGCUGGAGAGGUGGAGGGGGAAGCGGGUGGUGGUGGUGGGCGAUUCACUCAACCGGAAUAUGUGGGAGUCGAUGAUCUGCAUGCUCUACUCGGCGGCUCGCCGGAAGCGCGUCUACGUCAAGAACCGCAGCGCCGAGCCCAAGCUCUUCCGUGCCCUGGAUCACGAUUGCACGGUGGAGUUCUUUUGGAGUCCGUUCCUGGUGGAGCUGAAGGAGAGGGAGGGAGACCGUGCUAAGAUCCUGCAUCUCGACAAUCUCCCCGCCAGCGCUCGCUUCUGGCGAGGCGCCGACGUCAUGGUCUUCAACACCGGCCACUGGUGGACGCACCACGGCAAAAUGAGGGCCUGGGACUACUUCCAGAUCAGAGAAGAACUCACGGAGGAGAUGGAACCCGCCGAGGCUUUCAACAGAGCCCUCAGAACUUGGGCUCGCUGGGUCGACAGCAACGUCGACCCUCGCCAGACCUCCGUCUUCUUCCGCAGCAUCUCGCCGGAGCACAAGAGGUAA